AUGAAUCGCAAUCCAGCUCCACGAGUCGUUGCUCUACCGCCAGAAGCCGAUGAAGCAUUUCCAGAAGCCGCUCCUCCUGCACUUCCAUUUCCUCGCCCAACAAUGAAGCACAUUAUACACUAUUCAGUUCUGAAUUACAAUAUUAACCCAACUAAACAACUCGUAUUGAUCCGGACGGGUAACUUAGAAAUAUACAUGCAUAAAGAACACCGGCGAUUUGUUCCCAUAAAAUAUGACACACGGGAGCCAUAUGCCGAAGAUAUCCUCCUUCCAUUGGGCAUGACGAACAAUUUUGCCAGAUGGACACCCGCAGACGUCAAUAGCUGGGCCGAUUUGAUCAUCCCUAAUCGGCGAGAAUACCAAGAAUUCAUUAGUUACGAACUAAAUGGUCUUCAAGUCUACAAUAUCGUCACAAACCAAGGUGCAGCGGGAGAAACCUACCUCAGAACUCUCUCCGCGGAACGUUACGUCGAUGUUAACAUUGCGUCUACAAGAAUCGGAAGACUUCCAGAGCGAGUUCUUUUUGCAUUGACCAUCCAUUUCAACAGACUCUUCAAUCUUCUACACGGUUUUCGAUGA